AGAGAGGAAUACAGAGCAGAGCCAUGAAUAUUAUCCUGGAUCUCCUCCUGCUCCUGCUCACCAUUAUCUACUCCUACUUGGAGGCACUGGUGAAGGUUUUCUUUCCCCGAAGGAGAAAAUCGGUGGCUGGGGAGAUCGUUCUCAUUACAGGAUCUGGGCAUGGAAUCGGGAGGUGGACUGCAUACGAAUUUGCAAAACGGAAGAGCCGACUGGUUCUGUGGGAUAUUAAUAAGCGCGGUGUUGAGGAAACAGCAGCCGAAUGCAGAAAACUGGGGGCCACUGCCCAUGCCUAUGUGGUGGACUGCGGUAACCGAGAUGACAUUUAUAACUCUGUGAAGCAGGUAAAGAAAGAAGUGGGAGAUGUGACCAUCCUGGUGAAUAACGCUGGGACAAUAUAUCCAGCUGAACUUCUUAGUACCAAGGAUGAAGAGAUCACCAAAACUUUUGAGGUCAACAUCCUGGGACAUUUUUGGAUCACAAAAGCACUUCUUCCAUCCAUGAUGAAGAGAAAUCAUGGCCACAUUGUCACAGUGGCUUCAGUGUGUGGCCACGGAGUGAUUCCUUAUCUUAUCCCAUAUUGUGCCAGCAAAUUUGCUGCCGUUGGCUUCCAUAGAGCUCUGACAUCAGAACUUGAAACCUUGGGGAAAACUGGAAUCAAAACCUCAUGUCUCUGCCCAGUUUUUGUGAAUACUGGGUUCACCAAAAACCCAAGCACAAGACUGUGGCCUCUCUUGGAGACAGAUACAGUUGCAAGAAGCUUGAUAGACGGAAUACUUACCAAUAAGAAGAUGAUUUUUGUUCCAUCGUAUUUCAAUAUCUAUAUAGUACUAGACAAAUUUCUUCCUGAACGAGCCUUGGCAGCUAUAAAUCAUUUACAGAACAUUCAAUUUGAAGCAGUGAUUGGCCACAAAACCAAAAUGAAAUGAAUAAUUGAGCUCCAGCCAGAGAUGUACGCACCUUAACAAUGUAAAUCUAAGUUUAGAAUCAAUGCAUCAAAGCUUAAUUUCACAUUUUUCAAUACUGUUAAUAUUAAAAACAUUGGUUUGACA